UAGAAAAUCCAUUAAAGCCCCAGCCCACUUAAAGCCCACUCUCAUUCUCCCCCUCCCUCUCGACAAUCAAUCGUUGACCUCAGUACCUCACCGAUUGCUCCGCCUCCUCAGUCCUCACCAGAGAAGAUUGGGUGAUGUCGAUUGCUUCGAUUCCUUUGGUUUAGAGAAUUGACGCCAUUGGUUCGACUCCCUGGUUAACCAUCGGAGUGCUUCCCGUUAGUUUGCUUCUCAAUUUGACGCCGACGGGAUUCUCUCCUUCUCAAUUCGAUUCCUCUGGUUUAGCGAAUUGAGACCGAUUGCUAUGGCUUUUCAGUUCUUCGACGAUCGAUCUCUGUCCUAGCCUUCUCUUGCUGCCACUUCGUCCUGCUGAGCUGUCGCCACUCUUCAGUUCGUCGGCUAUGGGUACUCUCCUAAGCUUCUCUUGCCACCACUUCAUCGUUGCUCGUCGCAACUUGAGCUCCAAAUCAGGUGCGACUCCUCUCUCUUGAGAAGCCAAAACCACUAAAAAAUUUUUGCUCGACGGUUGAGCAGAAACUAGACAGAACAAAAUGUCAUCAGUUGAAUAUGAGGUGUUCCUAAGCUUCAGAGGGCCGGAUACCCGGCAGGGUCUCACCGAUGUCCUCUAUGAAUAUAUGGACACAGCCGGGAUUCGUGUUUUCAGGGAUAACGACGAGCUCGCCCCGGGAGAUAAGAUCACCAACAUCGUGCCAGCUAUUAAGAACUCUGAGCUAUGUAUCCCGAUUUUCUCCAAAACCUUUGCUGUCAGCUCGUGGUGCCUGCGUGAAGUUGAAAGGAUGGUCGAACUUAAGAAAGAGAUCGUGCCCAUCUUCUACCAAGUAUCACCGGAUGAUGUAAAGCUAAACACAGAAUUGUUCAAGAAGCAACUGAAGGAGCAUGAGAAGACGUACGGAAAAGGACAACUGGAAAAGUGGGAGGAAGCUCUCAGAUCAAUCGCCAAAAUCAAGGGGUGAGAAGUGAUGACUACCGGGGAUGUCUCAUUCAGUUUCCUGUCCGCGCCUCGAAAGAAUCACGCCACCUAUUGAGGAAAUUACUUAUAUAUGGACAACCCUGCGCCGAGUCGAUCGAGACUACAUCACUACUUUCAUCGAGGACGUGCCUUUGUUGGCCACCCGGAAUGUUGAUUGGAAUUUCCUCGAAGCAGCCAUCACUUUUUGGAACCCGGAUCAUGUUGUUUUCAACAUCCAAGGCAAUGAGCUUACGCCCACAAUCGAGCAGUAUCGCAUCCUCAUUGGCCACACCAUGUCUGCCAACGACAUCGUAAGGCCCAACUUCUGCACUACUCGGCCUACUUUGGUUUCGCGCCUACUCGAGGUCCGCAUUUCCCACUUGCAUGCAUAACUCACAUAUUCGGGUGGUACGGAGAUGGUAAUCGAGAGACUUGUCCUUUUCAUUAAAACCCAGGCAUGCAAGGUUCAAGGGAAUUUUCUUCGAAAAGAUUUAUGCCACGCUUUCCUGCUAUUAAUUUUUGGAACCAUCUUGUUCCCUCGCUCACGUGCUCUCAUCGACGCAGCAUUUGCCAGCGUUGUCCUCCAAGUGGUCGGAGGGCACGGGUAUGAGGUGGCCCUUAUGGCCGAGACCGUUCAGUCCCUUGACCGUGUUUUGAGAACACGCGACCGAAGGAUAAGAGGAUCCCCUAUCCUUUUGCAAAUUUGGCUUCAAAGUCAUGCAUACCCCUUUGGCCUUGUACACCCGGUUAUGUAUUUUGCUAACCAAGAAUCAAUCAUCUCUCGAUUGCUACCUUUCGUGCGAGUAGAAGAACACAAGAUUAAUGAGUGGAUGAAAGUUUUUCGCGAGAUGUCCCCUAGGAGUUUUAAGUGGCGUGCCGCGUGGAUGCCACUCAGACCCAUGGCUCUCAAGUGUGCUGAUUUUUACGGAAUCCCACUCAUUAGUCAUGCGGGGUCCACCACCUACUUCCUUGCUCGGGUAAUGAGGCAGCUCGGUGGCUUACAGACAAUCCCCGAGGACACGGCGCGAACUAGGUUCGAAUACACUUGGCGGGAGAACUAGAAGUCCAUAGAUCGCCAAAGUGAGAUGGAACAGGCCAUAGCAGCAUGGCGCACCAUAGUCAUCAAGCAUCCGUAUUUUCCUUAAUUUCCCACUCAGGAUGAGCAAGACUUCCAGGCUACGGAGGAAUACGUCCUACGUUUCCACCGAUGGGGCCCUCCCGUACAGGAGGAUACAUCACGACCUGCGGAUCAGGCGUCACCUGGAACACCGUCCAUGGCUAUUCAGAUCGAGCUUGCAAGUCUCACGGCUAAAAGAGAUUACCUUCGCCAAGAAGUCGCCGAGAAGGACAAACAACUCAUCGAUCAGCACCAACUCCAGAAGGAACUCGCCCAGGCUCGCACAGAACUGCAGAGACGUGAUCAGGAAUUGGCACGGGUGAACAUUGCUUUGGAAAAGUCUAGAAAAAGGGCUCGAGGACAACCAUACCCACUUUAGGAUGGUUACUUUCAUCAGGCCAUUGCCUAAGAUUGUCACUUUCCACAACAAUGCUCAUCCGUUCCCUGAAUGCGAUGGAAGAUGAACUUAGGAUUUGUUUUCCUAAAACUUGCACUGUAUUUGGAGUCCUUCCCAAUCAAUGCGAAUGACAACAUUAGCUUUCGAAAUCCAUGCAUUGCAUUCCAUUGCCUUGCACGUUUAUUUUUCAAAGCAGAAAUUUGCCCGCAUGAACCUUACCCGUUGUUAAAAAAACAAGUAACCUCAAUUGGCGUCACAUCCCUAUCCUACAAGGCUACGAGCGAGGAUGGCAGGAGAGAAUCCACCAGCUCUUCCCGAGGAAGUCACUUCAUCGAAUGUGGCUCAUGUUCCGUCGCCCCCAACCCCUGUGGCUAUACCACCGGCAGUCCAAGCAUCACCUGACGAACGCAUUGCAGCACUGGAAGGCACGGUCAAUUUGAUGGCCGCUAAUAUGGCAGAACUCAUGUCUCUGCUUAGGAAUCCAAACCGCGCUUCUUCAAGUUUCGCCCCAGGGCACGGACCGACGAUCAACCCAACCCCUGGGAUUCCAUCCACUCGCACUCCGGAAGAUGCUGAGGCACCCGAUGCUUCCUUGCCUCCACCGCCUGCUCCUACAGCCAACACUUUUCCGCCAGCAACAUUCCUAACACCAGACCAGGGCAUAUCUACACCGCAACCCGCACCUGUAACGGUUCCAGUUCCAGUUUAUACUGCCCCUCCACCCAUAGUCACUUCGACCUUUGCUCUUGCUCACACGGCAGAAUCCGCUCCCUACCAAGCUCCACAACCAAAUAUUGGCCUCCCCCACAAAGCUCCACCGCCCCUAAAUAUUGCCUUCUCCAAACCGGGCACGCCUGCUCAUGCAGCCCUUAUAGCUCCACCUACAAACUUCCUGCGUUGGGUCAAGAAGCUAGAAGAAAUGGUGAAAGCUCUCCAACCAAAGGAGGCCCGAGUCGACUCAAGCUUCGUCGAUUGGGGCCUUUUCCCAAGCAUGCAUCUGCCCCUAAUGAUCAAGAUUCCAGAGUUCCAGAGAUACGAUGGUACAAAAGACUCGCGGCAUCAUCUCCGACACUACCGAGGAAAGAUGUUACAAUAUUGAGAGUACGAAGAGUUCAUUAUCUAUCCCUUCCAGGAUAGCUUGACAGGACCAGCCCUCGACUAGUUCAUGACACUCAAGGCAGAGGACAUCCCCACAUGGGCAGAUCUCUCCUGCAAGUUCGUCGACCAGUAUCAAUUCUGCACAGAAGCCCCGCCGACUCUCCUAGAGUUCAGCACAAAAGAGAUGAUUGAAGGACAAAAGUUUGAAGAUUACGCCACCAAGUGGCGCUCUCUAGCAGCGAAGCAUAUUCCACCCAUCAACGAGAAGCAGUAGAUUCAGUUAUUUCAUUCCACACUUAAGGGAGUAUAUUACACGCAUCUGUUGGCCCAUACUUCCUCAUUCACUGAUUUAAUUGAAGCAGGAAAAAAGCUCGACAUGGGAAUCAAGCUCGGCAGGGUAGAAGACCCGAACAAGAAGAAAGAAGGGGAUUCCUCCAAGAAGAACAUUGCCGGAUCAUCUUCCGCAGGAAACAGGAAAGGCAAAGAGACAUUUAUCAAUGUGGUCAACCCAAGGCGCCGGGAGUCCCGACCAUUCUCCAUGGAUUUCGCACCAAUACCCCCAACUACUCAAGCAUACGCUCCACCUCCCACUCAUUACCCGCAACAGCCAUUCUCAGCCCCGCCAACUCCAACAUCCGCACCGCAGUAAGUCGUCCACUACACUCCCGCGCCCCCUCAGGCACAGCAAAAUAAGGGCCCGGCUUCGAGGCCUCCUUAAUAGGGCCAGCAGAGCGGGACGACGCAGCCCCGUCAACGCAGGCAAUUCACCCCCUUACCAGCCCCGCCUUCUCACAUAUACCGGCAGCUUCUUACAGGCAAUAAGAUCAGGCCGGAAGCACCUAGUGCCAAUUUUAAUCCAGCAAACCAAAACCCAAACUUGCGGUGCGAGUAUCAUAUGGGCGCACCCGGUCACACCCUUGACAACUGCUGAAGGUUGCGAGAAAAGAUACAGGAGUUAAUAGAUGCAAAAGCAAUCUCUUUUAAUGCAGUAAAGCCACCGAAUGUGCAGGCCAACCCUCUCCCUAAUCAUGCAUCGAGCUCAGGGCCUACCAUUAACAUGAUCAGCACAUGCAAAGAAGAUCAUUUUCCGUUCGUAAUCGAGUAUGUCCCGGAGGAAGCCACUGUAGGCUUUACAGGGUCCAGCGUCUCGCCUACCCCAUUUGUCAUAGAAGUGCCUGCCAAAGAACCGUAUCAAGACAACAGGGUCCCAUAGACUUACGAGAGCAACGUUGGCAAUCUCGAGCAACAAAUGAGCGUAAUGGGAGUUACACGCUCAGGUCGGGUAUACGAGAACCCGGACACUGCAAACAAAAGGAAGGCUCCCGCCGCUGCACUCGAGACCGCCCCACAGGCCGCGCCAAUCCCGUCUAAGAAGGUGACAUAUGAAAAAGCAGAAGCAUUCAUGAAGGUCCUCAAGGCAAGCGAAUACAAGAUAGUUGAGCAAAUGGGCAAGUUUCCUGCCCAUAUCUCCUUACUAGCCCUCCUACUGAGUUCGGAGCCCCACCGACAAGCACUCUUGAAAGUCCUCACCGCCGCGCAAGUUCCCAAGGAAACACUUCCAGCACAGAUCGAAGAAACCAUCAGCAUAAUCUUCUCUAAUGCUAUCUCAUUUUCUGAUGACGAGCUCCCCUUCAAAGGGUACGAACACUCUCGGGCGUUGCACAUCGUCUGCAAGUGCAACAACUUCAUAGUCGGUCGAGUCAUGAUCGAUAAUGGCUCUGCUCUCAAUGUGUGCCCAGUUUCUACCCUUAAGCAGAUGAAUGUCGAUUUCAACCGCAUUCGGCCAAGCAAAAUAGCGGUCCGAGCCUUUGACGGCUUGCGGAGGGAUGUGAAUGGAGAGAUCGACUUGUUGAUUGAUGUCGGUCCUUGCUCAUUUGCAGUUACAUUCCAAGUCCUGGACAUCCCAAACGCGUUCAGCCUGUUGCUUGGGAGACCAUGGAUCCAUUCGGCCGGCGUUGUGCCCUCCUCCCUACACCAGAAGCUCAAGUUCAUCGUCGAAGAGAAGCUUAUCACCGUGAAAGGAGAAGAAGACUACGCCAUCUACAAGGAGACAGCCGUCCCCUACAUCAGCAUCGGAGACGAUCAGAAUCUUCCAUUCCACUCAUUCGAGACCAUCUCUGUUAUCAAGGAUUACGGAGAAGUCGGCCCAUCCCGGGCUAAUCGCAUGAUAGGUAAGUUCUUGCUGCAGCACGACUACGUCCCUGGCACCGGACUUGGAGCAAAUGGACAGGGGAUCAUGCACCCUAUCGAGAUAGAAGACAACAAGAACAGGAGGGGAUUUGGCUACCGUCCCUCUUGCCAUGAGAUCAUUCAAGCACGCAAAGGCAAACAUCUUCAUUGUCUCGCUGCGCACUACGGGAGAAUCAACAGGGGCAUCCCAAUUCUCCCUCUCUCCUACUUUUUCCCUGGACCGCCAUGCAUCGUCAGGGACACCCUUCAAGACCCUUACUUGGAUUCAGAUGGCGCGUCUGUUGUUGAGCCAGCCAUAUACGCCGUCUCUGAGGAGACUCCUCCGAGAGUCCAUAUCCGCCCGGCAUGGGAGAAUGAGCAGCUUGACAACUUGACCUCAAUCCUGUGCUACUCAGCAGUAAUUGCCGAUGUGUAAGGCUAUCUAUGUAUUUUGAUGUUUCCCGCGUGUUCGACAAAGUUAUAAGCCACACGACGGAAAAGGGAUCCUUUUGUUAUAGCACACACUAACUCUGCUAAUCAAAUCCCUUCGUAUCUUUUUGAAUUCCAGCGUCCUAUUUUUCUUCCCUUAUCUCUUCAAGCAUUUCCAUAUUCUAAACCAAAUCGUUUUCAUUUCCAGGCUCCACUCGAAUCCGAAUCAUCGACGUGUCCAUUUGAACCCAUUCGAGGGACUUCUCGAAAAGCCCCAACCCAUAUACUUCCGAGAAAGGCUUAACGAGGACGGUCGAAUGCCCGAGAUCGAAGAGAGUUUGCAACGCCUCGAUAACCACCAACUCACUUCGGUCGAGCCGACAUAAGAAAUCAACAUGGCGCGGAAGAGGAACCACGCACCUUAAAGAUCGGGACGAGUCUCGACCCUACCCAACAAACUCGGAUGAUCGAUUUCUUGAGGGAAUAUCAGGAAGUCUUUGCUUAGUCUUACGCCGACAUGCCAGGCUUAGACCCUUCGAUAGUCCAGCAUUUCCUUCCGCUCGACGCAGACAAGUUUCAGCCCAAACGGCAACACUUACGGCGACAACGAGCCGAGCUUCUCCUUCGAAUCAAAGAGGAAGUCGUCAAGCAGAUUAAGGCGGGUUUCUUGGAAGUUUGCAACUACUCCGAAUGGGUAGCGAUCAUCGUGCUUGUGGAGAAGAAGGACGAGAGAGUCAAAGUAUGUGUUGAUUACCGCGACCUCAACAAAGCGAGUCCUAAAGAUAACUUCCCUCUACCUCACAUCGACGUCUUGGUCGAUAAUACUGCACGCCACAUGCGGUUCUCCUUCAUGGACGGCUUCUUUGGAUACAAUCAAAUCCAGAUGGCCAAGGAAGACAAAAUCAAGAACAAGUUCGUCACAAUGUGAGGCACCUUUUGCUACAAAGUCAUGCCUUUCAGUCUCAAAAAUGCCGGGGCAACCUAUCAGAGGGCAAUGGUCACGCUUUUCCAUGACAUGAUGCACAAGGAGAUCGAGGUCUACGUAGAUGACAUGAUUGCCAAGUCAAGGGAAGGUGAGGAUCACCUCGUCAACUUGAAACGUCUCUUCGACCAUCUUAAGGAGUACAAGCUCCGGCUCAAUCCAGCAAAGUGCACUUUCGGCGCCAAGUCGGGAAAGCUACAAGGGUUCAUAGUCAGUGAGCGCAGCAUUGAAGUGGAUCCAGACAAGGUAAAAGCAAUAUUGGAGAUGCCUCCACCGAAGACCGUGUGCGAAGUGCGAAGUUUCCUCGGACGGCUGAAUUACAUUGCACGAUUCAUUGCAAACCUGGCAAACAAAUGUCAACCGCUCUUUCGCUUGCUCCGCAAGAAUGCAACAAUCGAGUGGGACGACGGAUGUCAGAAAGCCUUCGAUACCAUCAAGGCAUACUUGAUUCAGCUGCCGGUAUUGGUCCCGCCUAUACUGGGUCGUCCUCUCGUCCUUUACCUGACAGUGCGCCGCCAAUCCUUGGGGUGCAUGUUGGGGCAGGAGGACGAAUCCACGCACGCAGAGCAAGCAAUUUAUUAUUUAAGCAAAAAGUUCACCGAAUGGGAGUCUAAUUACCCCGACAUUGAGAAGUUGUGUUGCGCGCUAGAAUGGGUCAUGUAAAGGCUCCGGCAAUACACUUUCUACCAUACCAUUCGCUUGCUAUCCAAGGCAGAUCCCCUGAAGUAUCUGCUCGAUAGCCCGUCCUCCAUGAGGAGCAUCGCAAAAUGGCGCUAUCAGUUAGCAGAAUGCGACAUCGAAUACGUAGCGCGCACGUCAAUCAAAGGGCAAGCAAUUGCAGACCACUUGGUAGAAUUCUCGAUUGAAGAUAACACGCCCAUUAAUCCUAGCUUUCCGGAUGAAGGAAUCCUCCAAGUCGAUGGUGAGGAGGAUAGACCAGCAUGGAAGAUUUAUUUCGAUAGAGUAGUCAAUUCUAUCGGGUCGGGUAUCGGUGCAGUGUUGAUAUCUCCCGACGGGCGUCAUUAUCUUGUCGCAGCAAAGAUUGAUUUUCCUUGCACUAAUAAUGUGGCUGAGUAUGAAGCAUGCAUCCUCGGCCUGCAAGCAACUAUCGACUUCAAAGUCAAGGAGUUAUAGGUGUUUGGCGACUCAAUGCUCACGAUUUUCCAAACGCUGGGGCAAUGAAAAACAAAGGAUGAGAAGCUAGUACCCUAUCACGAGUAUCUUGAUGAGUUAGUGGAGAACUUUGAAAAGAUCACGUUCACUUACACGCCUCGCAUAAAGAAUCAGUUCGCAGACGCGCUCGCAACGCUCGCAUCCAUGGUGAGCAUCACGAAAGAAAAUCUCAUCGAGCCCCUCGAGAUUGAGAUUACCAAGGGCCCUGCCCAUUGUGAUGCAAUCGAGGCCACCGACGCAAAGCCUUGGUUCGAAGACAUUAAGCAUUUUCUGCAAACUGGUCAAUAUCUACAGUUUGCCAAUCACCGCGAUCAGAAAACAAUCCGGUUGCUUGCAACGCACUACUUCCUAAGAGGUGAAAUGCUCUACAGACGCUCCUUCGAUGCCACGCUGCUCCGAUGUGUCGAUGGACAAGAGGCACAACGCCUCAUGCAAGAAGUACACGAGGGAAGCUGCGGACCUCACAUGAAUGGACAUAUGCUUGCCAAGAAGAUCAUGCGAUUGGGCUACUUUUGGUCCACCAUGGAAACUGAUUACGUCAAGCAUGUCCGGCACUGCCACUUAUGCCAAGUCUACGCAGAUCAGAUUAAAGCAUCGCCCAACGAGCUACACCCGAUGGCAGCUCCGUGGCCUUUUUCAAUGUGGGGGCAUGGAUGUCAUUGGUCCCAUCAAUCCCAAAGCAUCCAACGGGCAUCUAUUCAUCCUAGUGGCGAUCGAUUACUUCAACAAGUGGAUCGAAGCCAUUACGCUUGCAUCAGUUACUGCAAAGGCUGUGGCACGCUUUCUCAAGCGAGAUAUCAUUGCAAGGUACGAGAUCCCCGCGACAAUCAUCACCGACAAUGCCAAGAAUCUGAACAAUAAAUUCAUUAACGAGCUUUGUGCACAGUUCAAGAUACAGCACCGCAAUUCCUCGCCAUAUCACCCCCAAAUGAACGGCGCGGUAGAGGCAACAAACAAAAACAUUAAGAGGAUCAUUGAAAAAAUGAUGGUG